AUGGCCGACCCUAUCGAUCCUCGACUGUACGCUUCCUCGAUACCUCCCCAAAACCAGUCCUAUCCCGCGCAGCCACCCAACAACGCCGGCCAACCCUACUACCUCUCCACGCCGACAAACCAGCAGCCCGCGCAUCCAUCGCAACCGCCGCUAGGUGCUGCGCUGGAUCCAGCGCUCGAGCAGACGUCACCGAGAGGCCCCGAGCGGUCGCCCGACGAGGACGAGCAUGGCGAAGAUGGCGAGCACGAUGGUACCUUCACCACUCCCGGCUCCGCCAGAGCGCAUGACGACAGCAAACGUCCCCGAGCAUGUGACUCGUGUCGUGGGCUGAAAGUGCGCUGCGACCAGGACCAUCCAGAUGUAUCAUGCAAGCGAUGUGCGAAGGCGGGCCGCCCAUGCAUCACGACUCCCCCAACCAGAAAACGCCAGAAGAAAGCCGACAGUAGGGUUGCCGAGCUCGAGCGCAAAAUCGAUGCCUUGACACAGACUCUCCAUGCGCAGAAGUCAGGCACACCAGAACUGAGGCAUGCUGGUGGCUUCCCACCGCACGAGGGUAACAACAUUGCAGCAGGCAUACCUGCAGGCUCCUAUCGCUUUGGUUCAAUUGGCCAUGACUGGGCGGACUCGGCUCCCAGCGGGUACGCCGCUGCGCCACCAGGGUACGGGCCGGCACAGAACUUUCAGCGCAGCCCGGAUGCGAAGAGAAGAAAGCUGGAUGGAGACAGUCAUGCAACAAUCCCCGAAGACAUGGACGCCAUCCAUCGUGAUUUGAUCGAAUAUCCGGAUAUGAAGCGGGGAGGCAAGAGCCGAAUCAAUUCUGACCACUCGCACAUCAAUGCGCUCAUCGACAAAUUGAUGAGCACAGAGGUCGCGGAACGCAUCUUCCUGCGUUAUGUUCACGAAAUCUGCCCCCAUUUUCCUGCGGUACCUUUCCCACCAGGAACUACUGCGGCAGAAGUCCGUGAGAAGAAGCCAUUGCUUUUCUUGUCGUUACUUGCUGGAUCAUCGCACGGAAGUGCACAGCCGUUGGUGUCCCAGGAGGUGCAGCGCGAUUUGACCAAAGUGCUCAAGGACGCACUCGCCGACAUCAUAUGGCGCAACGGCGAGAAGUCCCUGGAAAUAGUCCAAACUCUCCAGGUAGCCGUGCUCUGGUAUCGUCCACCCUUACACUUCGAGCAGCACAAUUUCUACAUGAUGGUCAACUGCGCGGCUGUCAUGGCUCUGGAUCUUGGUCUAGGCCGGAAAGCGACACCCAACGUCAUGAAGCUAUCUAUUGGCCCAUUUCGUCGUUACCACCCGAACUCGAGUAGCAUUGAGGCGCGGCGGACGUUUCUGGUCAAGAUGGCUCACAUUGGCGAGGACAUAUCGGUACAAUUCUGCAUGGAUGAUCCGUCGGCAGAAGUCAUCAUAUCCGAGCCAAAGGUCAUCUAUGCUAUGAAGAUUUUCGAGAAUGAGCUACAGCAACUGAAAGACGAAAAUGCCAAACUUGGCGAAGUGGACCAUCUGCAGCCACCGUUCAACGAGGAUCCUCUCCUUUCUAGUCCUGGUGACCAGAAGCAUGUUCCUAUCGGCCCAGCUCAUAUCGGUGCCCUCGGCGAGUGUCUUAGAUCCACGCACGGCAUCCUAGAUACUAUCUUGAGUAUACAACUGGACAUCCUUUUGACCUUGCCAGUCAUUUUUUAA